AGAAGAAACUGGAAGAAAGUAGGAAAAGGAGCAGGAGAAGAAGAAGUGGCUAAAAAAAACAAAAAAACAACACGGGCACUUGGCUGUCUGUUCACAAACAAGGUUACACAAUUAUCUGAGAGGUAUAUACGACAUUUAGUUUGUUUGAAUGCAAAAUGCAAGUAAUGUGCCUUCUUGAUGGGCUCGUCCGGUGACCAAAACAAAACUGUCUUAGCUCGUGAAACCCCACAGGAAGGGUAUAUUAGCGAGCCCAACUCGCUACUGUUAUUAGCUAACAGUUAACUACUCGCUUUGCUGUCUGCUAGCUAAACACGUUAACAGUUUGCAGCUUUGCUGUCGUUUAAUCCUCGUUUGAGACCUUAGUUAGUCGAGAUGUUGUCAGGUUAUCCAGCCAGAUGGAAGCUAAUUUUAGCCCCUAUCCGUCAUCACGCUGGCUGCUCCAUGCUAACUGGCUGUCUGCUAACACUAACCGCCUGGAAAAUAACUGGUAAUGCUGUCAGAGUUAAAUUAAUAUCACUUCAGUCGGUUAGCCAGUUCACCAGACGGGAUUGACCGCUUUGUAAUGUCUGUUUAUCGCUUUUCAUCGGUUCUAAAAUGUCAGACGUUUAUUCAUGCUAGUUUUUUAAAACCGUGUUUCUCUUCGGCUAACUGAAUUAGCAAACAACUAACGUUAAACAACAUAAUGUUAGUAGAGUGAACGUAAUCGCUGUUGCACUGUCACACGUGCUCGUGGUAAAGCAAGUUUUAGGGUCUUAGUUUGCGUUACCUCUACAACGACUGGACGGAUAAGGUCAUGUAGCUACAUCACAUGUUUAUUAAGUUAAUCAUUAAUAAAUUACGUCUCAUUCGUUCCUAGUUUAAUAUUUACUCUGGAAAAGCUCCAAAACCGUGCAAGUACAGGGAACUCUGGGGUGGCAAAACAUUUAACUUCAAGUCAUAGUACUGGUAGCAGCAGGUGUAAGAUAACGACCUGAUGCAUGAUGUGAGGUGUGUGAAAACCUUUUGACACCUGGAUGCGGCUGCUGAUAUGGUGGACCUGAGAUUGACACUCAGGAGCCCCCAGUCUCACCUUUUUAAGAGAGCCUGGGGAAAGUGUUGCCACAGAUUAUGGAUCUAGAUCUUCUUCCAUGAGCCUCCGAUUUCACAGCGCUUCAAUCAAACAGCUGUAAGGAACAUGGAGAGAGAAGCGGCUGAGAAGGAGAUGGACGGCGUUACAGACGCUGACGAGGAGAUCCCUGAUGGCGAUUCCACCCCAGUGGCUGAGUUUAAUCAGUGGGAGGCCAAACGGACUGAUGACGAAUGUGAGCAGGAGGAUAAAGAAGCCCAUCUCAAAUCUCAGGAGACCCCAAAUCCAGCCACUCAACAAGACUCUGAAAUUGGUGAAGCAGAGUGCUGUGGAUCUACAGAGGCCAAAGAGGAUACUGAGGAGGCUUCAGAUGGGUUUGAGCAUGACGACACCACAGAUCACGAGAACCCGCAUGUUAUAAAUCAAGAAGAGGAUGAAGCUGCGAAGGAGCAGCACAUGAACGGGGAGUCUGAUUGGAGGAACGUGGGGCCUGGACGGAGAUGCAAAUUGAGGAUCGGUGGAUCAGUUUCAGACCAGGGUGCUCAAAGUGCGUUCUCCUCCAUUCAAAAAGGCAGUGUAAUGCCGAGUGGUGGUCGGCACAAGCAGACCCGCAGACGCAACCACCACCACAAUCAGCAGAACCGAGGCCGCAGGCGGACAGGCAACCAGCUCGUCUUAGCGUUCAAGGAGAUGCUCUCAGAGUCUCUGAGCUUCUGGUGCAUCUCCUGCGUCCACAUGAUGAUUGAGAUUAUUGUCACAUUAACUCACAACUGUGGAGUCGGUGUGGAGACUGGAGGAGUGAAACUGUACAACUUUGGGCAGCAGCUCCUUGUAAAGAUCACGGAUGUAGGAGAAAUGAAGGCGGACGCUAGUCGCAUUCUGAAAUGGACUAAAUGCAAAGCAACAGACAUGGCGGAUAAAAUUGUUCGGUCAGUAAAGUGGGUAAAAACAGCUGCAUUAUCUUGUUUGAGACUUUUCUGCGCUUUGGUUAUUCUCGGCUUCCUGUGGGCAAAAAGUGUGUUGGUUUGUCUGGGUGGAGAGAGGGCAAACCGCUACUGGACAGCUUUUAAGGAGUCACGGUUUUGGAUGAGGGUGGUGUCCCUGCUGGAGAGAGUCCGAAGCAGGUUCAGGAGGCGUGGCCGUGUUCCACUGUCCGGCCCCGACUCACCCGGCAGAGCAGGGAGAAGCCAGCCAGGCCAGGAGCUGGAGAGACUGCUGGCCUUGGCUGAGGUACCAGAGGAUGAGCUCGACCCCUUUACAGUGCUCGGUGUGGAGGUGAACGCCACUGAGGCUGAACUGAAGAAGGCCUACAGACAGCUGGCUGUCCAGGUCCAUCCAGACAAGAAUAAACACCCACGAGCUGGAGAGGCGUUUAAAGUACUGAGGGCUGCCUGGGAUAUCGUCAGUAACCCAGAGACACGGCGAGAGUAUGAGUUGAAGCGUAUGGCAGCCACCGAGCUCUCAAAGUCCAUGAAUGAGUUCCUCACUAAACUGCAGGAUGACCUGAAGGAAGCCAUGAACACCAUGAUGUGUACCAAGUGUGAAGGCAAACACAAGCGGUUCGAGAUGGACCGUGAACCUGCAGAGGCCCGGUUCUGUGCCGAGUGCAACCGUUGCCACAGUGCUGAGGAGGGGGACCUGUGGGCCGAGUCCAGCAUGUUGGGCCUCCGUAUCACAUACUUUGCCUGUAUGGAUGGCAAGGUGUACGAUAUUACAGAGUGGGCAGGUUGCCAGCGAAUAGGCAUUUCUCCUGACACGCACCGAGUGCCCUAUCACAUCUCUUUUGGUUCAAAAAACAACAGCAACUCCACACGACACAGGACGCCCUCAGAGCACGCCACAAGUCCGACCAACCCGGCAGAUUUGCAAGACUUCUUCAACCGCAUCUUCAAGGGAGGACCUCCUAACGACAUGGCUGCCAACGGGGGCUUCUUCCCCCCAGGUCCGCCCCCUCAUCACCCACCCGGACCCGGGGCUGGAGCCGGAGCCGGAGCCGGAGCCGGAGCGCCCCCCUUCUCCCCUCCCCCUCCCCAGACAGGUUUCUUCAAUCCGGGGGCUCAACGGCCGGAGUCCAGCGAGACGUGGGCCGAAGGCGGUAAACCCCCCAGACGGAGGAAGAAGGUCCGCAAACCCUUCCAGAGGUGAAGUCUGUCGACCCCCUCAGUAUAUCAACAUGGCAACACAGAGACACAAUAAUUGAUGGCCAUGUUUGUCUCUCGCCUGCCUGUCGGCAUGCCAAGAUCUGAACUGGAGAUAAUUUGUAAGGCUGUGGUCAGAUCAGCCAGCGGAGCGAGAGAGAGAGAGAGAGAGAGAGAGAGACUGGAUCAUGAAGAGGAGCCUGUUGACUGAAUAAGUAUUGGAGGGUUGAAGAGGUGGAGGUGCUUUACCUCUCAUGUCGCCUCUUUUUUUUUUUUGGUCUUUAAGACGACAGCAGCCUUGGCAUUGAAAUCUUUAUCGGGAUGCUGUAAUGAAACGUUUUCCUUUUCAUAAAUUCCUGCCAAAUCCUGCAAUGCAUGAUUUAUUCACCUGCAUUAUAAUACUUCGGUUUACUCACUUUUGUUGUUCAUUUAUUUUUUUUAUGUACAAGGUUAGAUUACGACGUUGGCUCCAGACAGAGUGACACCCGAGGAGAGAGUUAUGGAUCGCUUUAAUCAGCACGAUGAAGUUAUCGAUCUGAGCAGCUUCACCUCGCCCGCCAUAGUUCAAGAAUGAGUGGAAACCAGUUAAACUCAACACAUCUGAACUCAAUUUAAAGAAAAGUGCAGAAAAUAGUGUUUUAGAGAGUUUACAGUCAAAUCAGAGGGUAAGGAGUGAGUCUCUGGUAGUGUGUCCACAGACAGCAGGAUUUCAGUGUUCACACUUAAAUGAAAGUCAACCUCCAGCUUUAGGGAUCCAGCACUAGCAUUUGUGCUAUUUUUCCUAGUUCUUUGUAUUACUAUGAUCAAGCAUAUUGUCUCUUUAACUCACAAGAUGCAGAGUGAAGUUUCACCUGAAUCUCUCUAGAGUAACAAAAGUGUGCUCUCGAGCUAUCGCAGAAUAUUAAACCAAUCUGUUCAAAGUCAUUACUAUAUGAAGAUUUGGCCAUUUGUGCAGAAUUAGUUACCUUAAAUAAAAUUCUUGCUGAUUGUGGUGAUUACCAGAGAAUCACUUCCUACAUUUAUAAACCUCUCUCUUCAAGAGCCACUGACAGUGAUGAAGUGUUUCAUGUUUUGGGCUCCACUGAUUCUAACACGCUGUUCAUUGUUUCAGCUCCAGAUUGACUUUAUAAUUACCGGUUCAAAUGUAAAAGCAGGAAUGAGUUCACUUGUUUCUGUUUUA